GAGAGAGCCGUCGGAGAAAACAAGAUUCCAGUCAGAGGAGGCUGCUCAACUUUGCUGAAGUUCGAAUUCGGACAGCGCUGGACAAGAGCUCCAGACAAUAAUCAUGGACCAUACAUGGGAGGAACUGGAUCAGCUGGCCGCUGGCUACAUUUCAGACACCAUGAGCUAUAUUCACACGGUGCAGGAGUUCUGCAUCAUACACUCAAUGUGGCUCCUACAUAGAAAGUCUGAGCUGAAGAGGAUGCAAGACGUCAUCAUGGACAGAGCGAAGAAGAUCAACCCCACAGCUAACCACUGCCUAAAUUCAGAGGACAAGAUGAAGGCCUUCGGGGAGUAUAUGUGCAGCAAGGUGACUGAGGUAACUGCAGAGGGAAGGACCCAGGAGCUGGAGGAGGAGCUGGGAUGCCUGCUCGAAGACACCUUGAAGGGGCUUAAGAAGCUGACCCCGUUCCUGGAGGCUGUGGAGAUGCUGGCGGUCACGUCGCUCUCCGUCUUCGAGGAGGAGAAUCCGGUGUGCCAGCUCCCUGAGGGGGUGAGCGCUGAUGCCGUUCGUUCAGUCAUCGCCGCCGCCAGGCGAGCCUGUCCGCUUUUGAUCCAUUUCCAGAGAGACAACAGCGAAUUCUUUCAGACCAGCCUGGUGAACAUGGACCUGCUGGCUUUCCAGCUGGACAAAUACUUGAGGGUUUCCCAGAAGUUGUAUGAGAUGCUCCAGGAAAGUUCAGGAAGUAUACCAUUUCAUGGAAUUAAUUAUAGGUAA